ACCGACGUUCCGUUUGGGAAUAGAAAUCCGAUCUCCACAACAGAACAUUUACGCACGAAUCUUGCUUAAUCUCACCGACAAUUUUGGGAGGUUUUUCGAUCGAAAAUUUCACCUACAAGGUUUGGUUGUUCUUCAGUUUUGAUCUCGUUUGAUCGGAGGAGAUAACGAUGUGGAGCACGACUCUUGCGAAUUUGAAAGAAGACCUAAAUAAAAUCGCCUUAGAUGUUCAUGAUGACGACGAUGAUGAUGACGGCGAUGAAUAUGAGAGGUUAUCGGAGAUCUCUAAUUCUAGAAACUCUUCGUUUUCUGAUCGGAGAUUUUCUCGUAAUCAUGGUCGUUCAGGUUCUCCCAUGGUCAAUGGUCUUGAUUCGACUUCUAAUUUAGAGAUUGAUCAAUGCAAAGCAGAGAUCAAGAGGCUUCAGGAAUCUGAGGCACAAAUCAAGGCACUAUCAGUUAAUUAUGCAGCUUUACUAAAAGAAAGAGAGGAUCGUAUUUCUCGAUUGAAUGAUGAAAAUAGUUCUUUGAAGAAAAACCUUGAUGCAUCUAGAAGCGAGAAUUUAAAGACAUCAGCAAGUAGCCCAUCUGGGUACAAGAAAAACCGUUCAUUUGGAAAGAGGGUGCAGAAUGGUGUCGCAUUGAAAGAAGAUGCACCAGGAAAUGGGGUUGCACACUCCUUCCAGCCCACCAUGAUUCAAAAUAAGAUGGGAAAUUCAACCACUGAAGGCAAUGAAAAGGAGCUAUCUGAUUUGCUGGAGGAGAAAAGCAGAUCUCUUGCAGCACUGCAAGUAACACAUGAGCAACAAAUAAAACAAUUACGCGAGGAACUUGACAAAGAACGUGGAAAGUUGGCAAGUUUGCAUUUCAGAUUCCAAGAGGAACAGAAGUUGAACAGAUCUUUCCAGGAGGAAGAGAAUUCCUUAAAGGCAGAUAAAGAAAAUAUGUUGGCAGAGAUGAAUAAAAUAAGAGAUGAGCUGAGCAGAAAAUUAUUUGAAAUCAGACAUUUGCAGAUGGAGUUGAAUAGAAGGGAAAAUGCAGAAGCAAAUGAUGUUGCAGAGGAUCUUAGAAGAAUAGUGGCAACCUUGGAAAAAGAGAACAGUGAUCUUAAGAUGGAGAAAAACGAACUCAAGGUUGCUUUGGAAGUUGCUGGUAAAUCUUUGGCCCCAAAUUCGAAUGGGAUGCAUGAGCAGGUACCGGGAAGUUUUCCUGGCAAAGAAGAAUUGGAGUCCUCUUUGCAGAAGCUGGAGAAAGAUUUGAAAGAGACGUCUCGAGAAAGGGACAAGGCAUUACAACAACUGAAUCGGCUUAAGCAGCAUUUAUUGGAGAAGGAAUCUGAAGACUCUGAAAAGAUGGAUGAGGACAGCAAGAUCAUUGAAGGGCUACGGGAAAAUAAUGAAAAUUUAAGAGCUCAAAUAAGACAUUUGGAGAAAUCUCUCGAUCGGGCUCUUGCUGGUCAAGAAGAGGUUAAGAUGACGAACAACAACGAACUUCAGAAGUCCAAGGAAAUCAUUGAUGAUCUAAGUAAAAAAGUGGCCAGUCUUAGAAGCUUAGUAGAUGCCAAAAAUGUUGAACUUCUAAAUCUUCAAACUGCUCUUGGUCAGUAUUAUGCUGAAAUAGAAGCUAAGGAACAUUUGGAAAGAGAAUUGGCUUCCGCAAGAGAAGAAUCUGCGAGACUUUCGGAGCAUUUAAAGGAGGCAUUUCAACAAGUGGAGACAGCAAAGAAGGAAAAGGAGGAAUGUUUGGAAAAACUUUCACAGGCUGAAAGGCUAUUAGCAGAAGGAAAAGGAAGAGUCAAUAAGUUAGAGGAAGACAACACCAAGCUACGCCGUGCUCUUGAGCAGAGCAUGACAAGACUUAAUAGAAUGUCAAUGGACUCUGAUUUUUCUGUUGACAGGCGGAUUGUGAUCAAAUUGUUGGUGACAUACUUCCAGAGGAACCACAGUAAAGAGGUUCUGGAUCUUAUGGUACGCAUGUUAGGAUUCUCUGAAGAAGACAAACAGAGAAUUGGUCUUGCUCAGCAAGGAGCAGGUAAAAGUGUUGUUCGUGGUGUUUUUGGUUUACCAGGUCGUCUGGUAGGUGGCAUUUUAGGAGGAGCCCCAGCCGAUAAUCCUGCAAAUGUGGCGUCAGAUAACCAGUCGUUUGCGGAUAUGUGGGUUGAUUUCCUUCUAAAAGAGGGGGAAGAAAGGGAAAAGAGAGAAUCUUCGCAAAAUGUUGAUGGAUCUAGAGAAAACCAAGAUGCAGGUACAAAUCCAGUUAGCACAAACAUCUUCCAAACAGAACAGCGUAAUUCAGAGUUUUCAACUGUUCCUCUCGCCUCACCGGACAGCAAUCAUUCUCGAUUUUCGAGACAAAUUCCCAGAUACUAAUUAAAUGAUGAUGAUAUACAAUAGCAAAGAAAGUUUGGUUCUUGUCUCUGCAGUGGACAUUAGGUAUUGCGCCCCCUCUCCACAAGCUCUCUGUUCUUCGUUACCACAUGUAAGACCCCCUCUUCAUAUGUUUACAUGCUUUGGUAUUCCAAGUAACGACCUUUGAUCGGAGUUCUUGGAGACAAGGUUUUGGGUAGCAGGUUAUAGAUGUAGGGACCUGUGAAUGUGUCGAGGGUGGGGCGGAGGCGGGUUACUGGGCUGGCAAAUAGGGUAGGAAUGGAUGUGUGCUCUUACCUUUUCCUAUGUUUUAACGUACCUACUUUCUUACCAUUUCUUGCUCUCUUUUCUUCGCUUGUUUUCUAUAUCCUUUUAGCUCACACUCUUGCACAAGUUGGGGGGAUUUUCACUUAAACAACACCCUACCCUUUAGGGUGGAGGACAAGUCUGCCUAUGUCUCCCUGCCUCCCCCCCCAGAUUAUACUUAUGAGUGAAACAUGUCGGGUUUGGUUAGGGCUCAAGCAUCAUGGCAUCUAACCCACUUGCUUAUGAGCUUUUAAUGAGAGAAUUCCGAUGCUUUCUUUUGUAUUUAGUAGCUCUUUUGAUGAUCGAGAUUCAAUAUUUAAACUCUCCAAAUUUGAAGACAUGAAUGUUCAUAUUCUCGAAUUGAUUGAACUCAAAAUUUUCAAUGACCAUCAUUUUGAUAGUCUUGCAUAGUUCUCGUUCAUCGAUUGUCAUUUACGGAUGUUGACCAUAUGUUGAGUCACUUUUUUACGAGCAUUAUGCCAGGCUUAUGUUCAGCCCUUUAAGGUGCCUACUGUUUAGUACGUGAACAUGAUUGGAUAGAACUAGAAUG